GGGCAGACGGCGGCAGCAGCGGUGGCAAGCGCAACGGAGCAGCGCCCCCCCAGGAGCCUCGCGUCCCCCGACGGGUCUGCACCCCUCCACUCCCCCAGCCCCAGGAGCGCUGGCCCGGGCCCACGAGGGCCGCUGCCACCCCGCAGCAGAUUUGGAUCCUCCGCCCUGCGAGCCCCAGGCUGCUGCCUCCCGGGGGGUCCCGGCGCAGCGGCCGCCCCCGGAGAGCCCCGGCAACCCGCCACCAGGCUCCGCAGACGCCAGCGGCGCCAUGGCGGCCACCAAGCCCAGCGAGCUGAUGGGCGUCUGCUCCAGCUACCAGGCAGUGAUGCCGCACUUCGUGUGCCUGGCCGAUGAGUUCCCGCAGCCCGUGCGGCCGGCCAAGCUGGGCAAAGGCAAGGGCCGGUUGCGGCGGCCGCGCCAGUCCCGUUUCAAGACGCAGCCGGUGACCUUCGACGAGAUCCAGGAGGUGGAGGAGGAAGGAGUGUCCCCCAUGGAGGAGGAGAAGGCCAAGAAGUCGUUCCUGCAGAGCCUGGAGUGCCUGCGCCGCAGCACACAGAGCCUGUCGCUGCAGCGGGAGCAGUUGAACAGCUGCAAACUGAGGAACAGCCUGGACUCCAGCGACUCUGACUCGGCCCUGUGAGGCAGCCCACCGGCUGGUACCCAGUGGACCCCCGAAGCGCCCCGGACCACCAGGGACUGCCGCGCCCCACGCGCACGCACGCCAGCUUGAACUCCCGCUCGGCCACCAACUGGUCGGUGCGCUUGCUCCAGGUCCCCGGGCGGGCUCCGGGGCGCCAAGGAGAAGGGACUGGGGCUGGGGGCUGGGGUGUGAGGGUGCGGCUGCUUUCUUUGCCCUUGUAAAUGUUUAUUUUUUAACUCUUCCCAGUACGGACUCUGCCGAGUGUGCGUGCCGCCCGGAACAUGGUCCGCUGGUUUGCACACCGCCCCCAUCCGCGGGUUCCCAGCGCACGCUCGUGCACACUCACGCGACGCACACUCUCGCCGAACACUUUUCUAACUGUCGGGCGCGGCCGAUGGGACUUGGGAUGGAGGGGGGCGCAGCGCAGCGGUGGCUUGAGACCGGAGGAUUGAUAUUUAUUUUUGCAUUGCGAUGGCUGAAGGCGUUUAUUUAACAAUCUUUUUACUUGGAUUAUGUGCGAGGCUCCUGACCGGAGACAAAUAAAGUCAAUA